GAGACAGACAGCUGCAGACACCGGCGAGAAGCCCACCGUGCAUACCGUGCAUAACCUCACCUUGAACCCCCGCAGCUGAGUGAGCUGAGACGGCCCAGGUGUUUGUUGACGUCGCCCGGUUUGUGUCGGUAAAAGACAGAAAAGAAAGAAAAAAGAGAGAGAGAAAAACAGAGGAGGGUCGCUGCUUGCCACUGGAUCCACACUGCGACGCAUCUGCGCAGACACCACACAAGCCACGAAGAGACGGUGGAGAAACGUCGCAUCAGUGUUAAUAAAUGAAAAUGCCGUUAACCGUGAACGGCAUCCUCUGCACGCUCGCGCUGCUGGUGCUGUGGCGGGUGGAGGAGCUCGCGGAAGCCUGCAGCUGUGCUCCGGUUCAUCCACAACAGGCUUUCUGCAACGCCGAUGUAGUGAUUCGAGCAAAGGUGGUGGGAGAGCGAGAGGUGGAUUCUGGGAACGAUAUCUACGGGAACCCCAUCAAGAGGAUCCAGUAUGAGAUCAAACAGAUCAAGAUGUUCAAGGGGCCUACCCAGGACAUCGAGUCUGUCUUCACCGCGCCUGUGUCCGCUGUCUGCGGCGUUACCCUGGAUGCCAACGGCAAGAAGGAGUACCUGAUCUCAGGCAAGGCCGAGGGCAGCGGGCGCAUGCAUGUGACCCUGUGUGAUUACAUCAUGCUCUGGGACUCUCUGAGCACCACCCAGAAGAAGAGCCUCAGCCAGCGCUACCAGAUGGGCUGUGACUGCAAGAUCGUGCGCUGUCCCUCUCUGCCCUGUGAGAUCUCCGCCCCCGAGGAGUGUCUCUGGACGGACCUGAUGAUCGAGAAGCAGGUGCACGGACGCCAGGCCAACCACUACGCCUGCGUCAAGAGAGCGGACGGCUCCUGCUCCUGGUACCGCGGCGUCGCACCGCCCAAGAAGGAGUUCCUGGAUGCCGAGGACCCCUAGUCGAGUGGCACGCUUGACUGCCCACUGCACAGCCUGACGAAAAUAAAUGUAAACGAUUCCAAUGAAAUUUUAAGAUAACAACAUCAGGCAAAGUGAUUUUUCUUUUGUUUUUUUGUUUG